CUCGUCGCGCAAUGCCCGCGGUUCCGUCUCCGAGGUCGGCAGGCGCAGCGAGGCCGGCCGCCUCCAGUUCACCCGCACCCAGGACGACACCAACCUCCCCUCGGCCGCCAAGAAGGACAUGGCAGAGUACCUCGCCAAACUCGAAAAGCAGUUCACCAUCACCCCGCAGCGCAUGCGCAUGAUCGUCGACUCGUUCAUCGACGUCCUCGACCGCGGUCUCGCCACCAAGGGCAACGAGGUCCCCAUGCUCCCGACCUACGUCUUUGGCUGGCCGACUGGCCAGGAGAAGGGCUCGUACCUCGCCGUCGACCUCGGCGGCACGAACCUGCGUGUCUGCCUCGUCGAGCUCGAGGGCGACAGCAAGUUCGAGGUGACCCAGACCAAGUACCGCCUUACCGAGGAGCAGAAGCUGAGCGACGCCCAGGGCCUGUUUGACUUCUGCGCCGAGUGCCUCGACAACUUUGUCUCGGACCACUUUGGCGACGACGACGGCAAGGUCGACCUCGACGAGCCCAUCCCUGUCGGCUUCACCUUCUCGUACCCGUGCGAGCAGGACCGCAUCGACCACGGCGUCCUCAUUCGGUGGACCAAGGGCUUCGGCGCGCCGGGCGCAGAGGGUGAGGACUGUGCCGCCCUCUUCAAGAAGGGCCUCGAGAAAUACAACGUCCCCGUCAAGCUCGUCGCGCUCAUCAACGACACGACGGGAACGCUCAUUGCGUCGGCCUACGUCGAGCAAGCGACGCGCGUCGGCGUCAUCUUUGGCACCGGCUGCAACGCCGCCUACAUGGAGCGCGUCGGCAACAUCCCCAAGAUCAAGGACCUCGGCCUCCCCGAGGACGCCCUCAUGGCCAUCAACUGCGAGUGGGGCGCGUUUGACUCGACGACGCACGAGCACCUGCCGCGCACGUCGUACGACAUCCACAUCGACGAGACGAGCAACAAGCCGGGCGAGCAGGCGUUCGAGAAGAUGAUUGCCGGGCUCUACCUCGGCGAGAUCUUCCGCCUCAUCAUGUGCGAGAUGAUCGACGAGGGCAUCCUGUUCCUCGGCCAGGAGACGUACAAGGUCGAGAAGCCUUUCGUCUUCGACACAGCCUUCCUCUCGCUCAUCGAGUCCGACCCGACCGACGAGCUCCUGACCGUCACCGGCCUGUUCGCGCACUUCUUCUCGCUCGACACGACCAUCGCCGAGCGCCAGUUCAUGCGCCGCCUCGCCGUCCUCAUCGGGACGCGCGCCGCGCGCCUCUCGGCGUGCGGCAUCGCCGCCCUCGUGUCCAAGCAGGGCCUCAUGGACGGUGACGACGUCGGCGCCGAGGGCAAGACGAUCGGCAUCGCGACCGACGGCAGCUUGUACAACAAGUACCCCGGGUUCCCGCAGCGCCUCGAGGAGGGCGUCGUCGACAUCUUUGGCGAGAAGGGCCGUGCCAUCAAGACGUACCACGCCGAGGACGGCUCGGGCGUCGGCGCGGCCGUCAUUGCCGCCAUGACCAAGGCGCGCAUCGACGCCGGCUUCGCGACGCACGUCUGAGCGCGUCUCUUUCGACCUGUGCGGCGUGAGCCGUCGAGGACGAGGACGAGCGAGGGCAGCAUGUACAGAGAAGGCGGGAGCGAGCGAGCGAGACGAGGCGAGACGAACGGGGCUUUGGACUGUGACUGUGACUGCCUCUUGUGUCGAGAAAAAGAAGGAAUCCCUAGACGAAAAUGAAUGCAACUCAGCUCGGUCGUGCCGC